GAAUAAGAGCGCCAUUAAUAGAUAAGGGCCAAUCAACAAACGCCACUGUUUGAAAGAUUCACAGAGAGAAGAAAAUGGCGUCUAUACCAUCAUCAUCCAUUUCUUCAUCUUUCAUUCGAUCAACAUUCUACACAACUAACGACAAACAGCUAUUCUCGAUCCAUAAUCUUCAAGCCGCAAGAACAACACCUAUAAAGAGAUCCUCUUUCAGAAUUCAAGCUGCUAAACGUCCAGUCGGAGUUGAACUGCCAAAAGUAGAACCGAAAUUUCAACCUCCUGUUAUUGGGUUUACUAGGGUUGCUGAAAUAUGGAACUCGAGGGCUUGUAUGAUUGGACUUAUUGGUACAUUCAUUGUUGAAUUGAUUCUGAAUAAGGGAAUACUUCAAUUAAUUGGCGUGGAAAUUGGCAAAGGACUUGAUAUCCCUCUUUAAGUAUAUCUUAAAAACAGAUUGAUUGUGUUUAAUUACAAAUAUGUAAAGUUUCAGAGGGUUGAUGUUCAUGUUCUUCAUAAUAUUUGAACAUGUAUGGAACAGUUAUUUGAUUUUGUUGGAAAAUUUUCAAAACUGUUUUUUU